UGUCCCCGUCCGUCCUCGUUUGUCAAGUGAGUGGUUAAACUUCAGGACUCAAGUUUUUUGCGAGCAAUUGAGCGCAGAGCUAAUCGAUACCUAUCUUAUACAAUUAAUAAAAAUAAUUUCUAUGACACAGAAAGUAUACACGGGCUUUCCCACGUGCUAGUUUGGUAUUGUUUACUGCAACAAGUAAUAGCUAAUUUCAAGCAAUAGGUACCGGCCUUUCGUGCUUGUGAACGAGUGAUAGUCGAGGCUACUUCACGCGAUAGAUAACACCAUUCGCCGUUUGCCCUCGCCUGUCGUUUAGUUACUUUGAAAUCGCGACAGUAGCAAGACGUAAUAAUGGCUAGUGGUAGAAUUGUCGUAUACGGUGGCCGCGGCGCGCUCGGCGCCGCUUGCGUCAACCACUUCAAAUCUGCAAACUGGUGGGUUGCCAACAUUGAUUUGAAUCCGAACGAGAGUGCUGAUGUCAAUAUUACGGUACCUAAAGAUGGUUCGUGGGUCCAACAAGAGGAGCACGUCGUCAAGGAACUCGACUCCGCACUACAAGGUCAGAAAGUGAAUGCAGUGAUUUGUGUAGCCGGCGGCUGGGCUGGCGGCAAUGCGGCCAAGGAGCUCAGCAAGCAAGCCGAUCUCAUGUGGCGCCAAUCGGUUUGGAGCUCAACAAUUGCGGCAACUCUUGCUGCAAAAUACCUUACUCCUGGAGGACUAUUAGCCUUGACUGGAGCGAAGGCUGCAUUAGAGCCAACCCCCGGUAUGAUUGGCUAUGGUCUUGCUAAAGGUGCAGUCCACCAGCUAACAAAAUCCCUUGGAGCUAAGGACUCAGGGCUGCCUGAAAACUCAUUAGCAGUGGCUAUACUGCCUGUGACAUUGGACACAGAAAUGAAUAGAAAGUGGAUGCCAAAAGCAGACUUCAGCAGCUGGACUCCUCUCACAUUUGUUGCGGACUUGUUUGAGAAGUGGACCAAGGGGGAGCAGCGACCUACCAGCGGAAGCUUGGUGGCUCUUGUAACAAAGAACAAUGUCACCGAACUUAUUGUCCAGUAAUCCCUGCCUAUCUGUACUGUAUGUCUUAUUAAAUUUAUAAGACAAUUUGUCUAAUGUAUUUACCAAUGUAUACAUGUCCUAUUGAAUGUUGUCAAGUAUUUAUUGUGAACAUUGAGGCAAAAUGUAUCUUAAUUACUUUUGAUUAUUGCACAAGACUGUCAAAUAAUUUCUAGUAUUUUUUAUGAGCAAAAAUUGCUUUUAAUGUCUUAAGCAUAAUGAUAUCUGACAAUAAGGGAACAAAUCUCAUUGUGUUUAGUAUAUGAAGUUGAAUAUUAUUUUUACAUAAUUUAUGUGAUAUUUUAAGAGUAUAAUAUAUGUUGAAGCAUGA